AUGUCAAUUCCAGGCUUUGGUGGCAUAGACACAUCCCAGUCAGAUGAUCUGACACUCAAAACAAUGACGAUCCCCGCGCUCUACGAGUGGAGAAUCGAAGUGCCCAUGAAGAAAAUCUUGCAACUAAAAGUCACUUCGGGGAUCCUCGAAAUCAACGGCACCGAACUAGCAAACAACGUAGAAAUCAAGCUCUGCGGAGUGAAGUACGCUGUGUACGCCCCCAAAGUUGAGUCGCAACUUGAAUAUUGUCUUUUGCCGCACCCGGAUACCGCGUAUCUGCUAUCUGCCGAAGACGAGGAGUUCACGGAAUAUAUCAGCGACGAGACUAACAUGGACCAAAUAGUCAAUUUGCACAUGUACAUCCAGAGUCGGCGUCAGAUUGCGCGGGAUUCCACUAGCUUGGGUCCCGGCCCGCGCGUGCUUGUUAUUGGCAAUAAACAGAGCGGCAAGACGAGCUUGUGCAAGACGCUCGUUAGCUACGCCGCCAAGAUGGGCGAGACUCCCAUCUUGGUCAACUUGGACCCCGCUGAGGGGGUGUUUUGCUUGCCUGGUAGUAUAUCCGCUACCGCGAUACCGGACUCGUUGGAUUUGGAGAGCUGUGGAGGCUAUGGCAUCUCGAGCACGACGACGGGUAAUCUCACGCAGCAGCUGCCCAAGGUUCCCCUCGUUAAAAACUAUGGCUUCUUGCACGCGAGGGAGAAUGAGCAGUUGUAUCGGUACGUGGUUGACCAGUUGGGCAUUUGUGUCUUGAGCAAGUUGGAAAGUGAUGAAGUUGUGCGGAGCUCGGGCUGUAUUGUUGAUACUCCCGCGUUGGGGAUGGGUGAGUUUGACACGAUUAGCGCGAUAGUGGCUGAUUUCAAGAUCGAUUUGGUGGUGGUUGUCGGUCUGGAGAAGUUGAAGAUGGCGCUCGAGAAGAAGUUGAAACAUAGGGCCGGAUUGAGCUUUGUUAAAAUUAGUAAGCUGGCGGGCGUUGUUGACGUCAGUGAUGAGUUUAUACGCAUGACGCAAGAACAGAGCAUCAGGGAGUAUUUCAAUGGCAAUUUCCGCACGAGGUUGUCGCCGUUCAAGACUGAGAUUAGUUUAUCGGGGUUGGUGAUUUACAAGGCGGUCUUGGGACGCGACGUCGAGAGCCUGAUGAGUUUCUUGCCUGCGGGAGAUGACUUUGAAAAGGAUGAGGACACGAACGCCGCGGACGAAUUGAAGGAGUAUUUCGCCGUGCUUGAUGAUAAUGAUGAGAAAGAUGAAGAUGGUAAUGGUGGUGGUAAUGGUGGCAGUGGCGGUGGCAGCAGUGAAUCGCGAUCCAAGAGGUUGGAAAACUCGAUUGUCGUCAUUACUCAAUUGGACCAGCCUGGUGUCGGUGGCGGCGCGGCGGCAGAGCAGAUUGAAGCGAAGGAAUUGUUGAAUACGAGUGUGUUGGGGUAUGUUCAUGUUAGUAAAGUAGACGAGGAAAAGAAACGGAUGAAGGUGUUGUUGCCCUUUCCUGGUGUUUUUCCACGCCAUGUGUUGAUCAGCACCAGUGUUCGAUAUAAUGAGUAA